AUCCAAUUGAUCUCCCCUCGAUUUAGCCAAAAAGAACAACACUUCACACUGAGUUUUCUAUUUACAUAUGUUCAAGUAAUAUCCAAAUAUAGCAGCAGACAUCUGCAGGUUGUAUUGAAACAGAAGGUAUACAUCUAGCCAUGGUCAAGAAAUUUCCACAGGGAAGCAGCACGGUUAAAGACAAAUGGGAGAAGAACAACGCGAUCUUUCAAGGAGAGCAUUCAAGCGUUUUUUCAUGGCCUCAAAGAAACUACUCAUGCAGCUUUUGCAAGAGACAAUUCAUCUCUGCUCAAGCACUUGGGGGCCAUAUGAACGUUCACAGGAGAGAUAGAGCCAAGCUGAGACAGCUACCUUCUUGGUUUUUUAAAUGUCCAAAGUACCCUACUACUAAUCCGAACCCCGAUCAUUUACUUUCUUCGUCUUCUAAGUUCUUGCCGUACCCUGAUGAUCACACUCAUGAUCAUUCUCCAUACCUGAGUUCUUUCUCUUCACCUUGUUGCCGAGAAAAGAAAUCCAUAGUUGAAUGUCAUGAAAGUAAAGAUUUAACAAAGAAGAAGAACAAUGCAGGAGCUGUGUUCGGGGUUGGAGAAUUGAAGAAAAAUUUCGCACAAGAAUGUGAUCAACUUGAAGUUUUGAGGAGAAAUGAGAUUAUUAACUUGGACAUGGAAAUGGGGUGCGAAGAUCCGAAGGAGGUUUUGGAUUUGGAGCUUCGACUUGGCCUUUUAGUAUAAAAUUAAGUAUCAAUGUUUACUCUAAGCUCACACUAUCUAGUGGCUAGCUAGAUCUUUGGUUUCUUUCUAGCCGGUCUCUUGCACCUCCUUAUCAUCUACCAUGAUUUGUAUGAAAUAUUCUCAGACGCAGGCUAAUUUGAAGGGAGACGGUCUUUUGCGAGGAUUUCUUACACCAUACUUGACAGAUACUAUUGCUGAGAACCCUUUUUGGUCUUGUCUGUUGUCAGUUAUGAUCAUUGUCGUCCAUGUAAUCUACCAUGCAUUAAUGCUGUUUAGGUAUGGCUUUAAUUAUAUUCAGCUUAGAAAUCAAUUGUCUGUUUUUAAUCCUAAACUUCAUGAUUAGUUUAGGGUGGCCUUGUCCUUGCUGAUUAGGUUAACUGUAACAUAGUUGAAGAUGAAGUUGUUGAGAUGCAUCUCUCAUUUUUCACAUAUAAUUCGUAAUUAAGGAAG